AUGAAUAUGUUUCAAUACGAGCAAGAGGAGUGCCAAGAGGCGGGAUGCGGCCGAGAAUGCGAGUGUGGCUACGAGUACGAGUGUGAAUGUGGAUAUGGGUAUGUAUAUGGAGAGGACGAGAUUUACUCCAAGGAGGGAGGAUUCCACGGGGCUGAGUUAUGUGCCCGAGUGGUGACCACGCAGUUGUGGAAGCCUAUCGAGGAAGACGGUGUCUCUUUUCUCUCAGAGAGGGUCAUGGGUGUGCCGGAGUUGGAGGAGGACGUUGGCGAUGUUGCUGAUCUUGAAUGCAGUGAGGAUGGAAUGGACUCGUUGUUUGAGGUAUACGAUAUGCCAGAUGAGUGUCGAUUUGUUGAUUACGUUGGUGUGCGGGAGUUCACAUUUGACGGUUAUGAGUAUUUGAAUACCGAGAAUAUCGUUGGUGUGCAUAACGAGGGGACCAAGACGGUAGACGUAGAAGCCAGAGAGGAGGAUAGGGAAGAAGAAGGGGAGGAAGAAGGGGAGGAAGAAGGGGAGGAAGAAGGGGAAGAAGGGGAAGAAGGGGAGGAAGAGGAAGAAGAGGAAGAAGAGGCAAAUGGAACCGAACAAGAGGAGGGCGUUAAUGGCUACGUUUUGGAAACGGGGUCAGCCAAAUCUUGCUACGAGGAUGGCAGCCGUAGCCGUAGCUGUGCCAAGGGUAGAGUCAGUGGGAAAGGUGAGUUCCGGUGUUGUGAAUGUGGUAAAGUUUUCCCACGUAAGUCCAACCAUGAUUCACAUAUACGUAUGCACCUCAAGGUGAAGCCGCAUGUUUGUUCGUUCUGUGGUAAGGGGUUUGUACGGAGGAGUGAUAAGAACCGACACGAGCGAUCAUUACAUUUGAAGACGAGCUACAAAUGUCUUGGUGUUCAUGAUGGCACUCGUUGGGGGUGCGGACACGUUUAUUCACGUAAGGACGGGUUAAGGAAACAUUGGAAGAGUCCACAGGGACGGUGGUGUUUGAGGAGUGUGGUUACCGACACCCAAGAUAUUGAGAAAUUGUUGGCUUAA